CGGUAACGUGCACGAGGCAACAUCAUCGUCGCGGGUCCCAGGUGCAUCGCGGGGUGUGCUAUCGUAUAUCCCCGGGGGGGCUGCUCUUCUCCGGUAGCAUUACGCAGGAAAACGUUCAACGGUCGCUACCGCUCGUUACACUCGCACGGUUCUGUAAAUCGGAUUUGUGGCGUAGUGAACAGCAAACUCUCGGCCUCGGACUGCUGGUGCUGACUUUGGUGUUUGGAAGCAGUUCAGUCCCAGCUGGAACGUCGGGCGAUCGAAGCGUUUGUCGAUAGCGCGCACCAUGAUGGAGAGCCUUCAAACCGGAGUGGUCAAGUGUGGCGGCUAUCGGUACGACGAUGGCACCCGCUACAUCGGUGACUGGAACCAACGCGGCCAGAAGCACGGUAUGGGCUCGAUGAUGUUUUCGGACGGCACCCGGUACGAUGGAGCGUUCAGCAACGGCGUGUGCUCCGGGUUGGGCGUAAUGUGUUUUCCGGAUGGUGCCAAGUACGAGGGGGAAUUCAUGCAGGGGUGGUUCCACGGUCACGGUGUGUUUUGGCGAGCGGACGGCAUGAAGUACGAGGGAGAGUUCCGCGGAGGCCGCAUCUGGGGACUCGGGCUAGUGACGUUCAGCGACCAGAGCCACGGAUUCCCGCGCAACGAAGGCUUCUUCCAGGACUGUCGGCUGGUGCGCAAGAAGCGGUGUCCGGACGUGAUAAGCCGGGCGCAGAAGGUGGCCCUCAUGGCGCGAGCCCAGUGCGAUCAGGGUAACUGAGGUGGCUUCUCCGAGGGCGCAUUAGCAUUAAGUUUAGACAAGCUGGUUUUGUUGAAUCGUUAUUUUUUGCGGUUAGUAGCGGUCGUUCACAUUUUUUGAACAACUUUUUAGACACGUGUUAAGUUUCGUGGAUAAAAAUAUACUCUUAAACACAA